GCCUACGUGUUUCAUGGGAACAAUUCACUCGAAUGCUAAUUUCUGUUAUGAUUCAAACAAGGCCGAAGCUCAGUAAUAUUGACGUCCAAUUAGGAAAGUUGAUGUUCUGUGUUUAAAGAGAAUGUAGUUGUUUCAUUACAAAUCGACUGGUUUUCCUCGAUAAGUCCAAUCGAAUCAGCAGGGGUGUUACAGGAAGCGCAGACAUCGAAUGACUGUUGUGAAGAAUCCAAGGACAUUAAUCGAAAGCAGAUCAGGAGGACGAACUUUAUUUUAAGUCAUGGCACAGUUGCUGCAUCUGCUCCUAAACGUGUCUGAAAAGGCAGCUAAUGUGGCCAGAGUGUGCAGGCAGGAGGCACCACUCUUUGAGCUUCUGGUACAGGAGAAGACCGGAGUUGACAAAAACAAGAAGUUUGUGCAGGACUUUAAGACACUUGCCGACGUUGUGAUACAAGAAAUGAUCCGGCAUGAUGUUUGCGCACAGUUCCCAGAGUUGUCUGGCUUUAUUCAUGGAGAGGAAUCAAACAAGUUUGAAAAUGGACUUGGAGAGAGUGUGACUGUUACGGUAUGCAACAAGGAAGAAGAUACGGCAGCUUUGUUGGCCAAGGUCCUGGACGGUGACCAGACAGCUGCAUCCCUCCUGACCAGAGCCAUCCACCAAGAUUUGCAGCUCAAAGACGAGGCUGCAGAAUCCUUGCAGGUCCCUAUCAGCCCAGCAGAUGUGGGCAUCUGGAUUGAUCCUAUUGAUGCUACCAGCCAGUAUAUUGAGGGUAAGGAAGAGGAAGUGUCAGAAGAUGGAUUUUGCCCCUCAGGUCUUCCUUGUGCACUAGUGCUGAUUGGGGUAUACAUGCGGGCCACUGGACAACCAGUAAUGGGUGUCAUAAAUCAACCCUUUAGUCAAAAAGACUUGACAGGCAAGGGGUGGAAGGGCAAACACUUCUGGGGAGUUUCAUAUGGUACUGUCAAUGCUUGCUCCUUCACACAUCCCAUGCGGUCUCUUGGGAAAAAGAACAAGUACCUUGCGGUGGUCCUAAGCUCCAGUGAGAGGCAAGAAGUCAAAGAUGCCCUUGCGCCACUUUGCAAUGGCCGCUUAAUGUAUGCCUCUGGAGCUGGUUACAAGAUCCUGUGUGUCAUCCAAGGCCUUAUGGAUGUUUACGUGCUCUCUGAGGGCAGUACGUUUAAAUGGGACUCUUGUGCUCCCCACGCCCUACUAAGGUCUCUCGGAGGAGGAGUCUCUGACCUAGCCCAGUGUCUCUCUGCCAUAAGUGAUGGAAAGAAGGGCCACACAGCAGAACUGACCUAUCAUAAUCCCCAUGCUGGUUGCCUGGGCGUAGAGAGGUGGGCAAACCAAGGUGGAUUGGUGGCAUACAUAGACUCCACAGUUAUUGAUAGUGUUGUGGGUGCACUUGUUGGGAAAAUCUGAGGGAUUUUUUUUUUUUCAGCUAUGCAGUCAGGUGAGAUCUUAGGAUCUUUAUCUUAAAGAUUAGUAUGAUUUAUUCUUUUAUAAAUGAACAGGUGUUGUUCUUUAUGUGUAAAUAAUCCAUAGGUGGUUUGUUUACACAAAUCCAAAAGGCAUAGACUAUUACAUGUAUGUAAAACAAAUGCAAUGCCAAAAAAGCUAUCACAGAAAUACUUAAUAUUUUAUGAAAACAAAUGUUAUAUUGCAAAAUGCCUUUGAAAUAAUUCCAGGGCAGAUAAAUCACUUGGCGAUAGCUAGUCUGUAGUUGCUCCCAUUGUGGGUUUAAAUCCUACCUGCCCUUUAUUUACAUUACAGUACUUACAUUAUUAUGACAUACAUUUGAAUUGAGAGUGCACAAAGAGUAAAAAAGAAUUGGAGUCUGUAUGCAAUGUUAUAUAUUGUAUGUCUUCUACAAUUUUGAUGGCAUAUGAAAGAUAUCUUCUUGAUGUUAAAAUUAAAGGCGUACUAAUUUGUCAGAUCUAGAUAUAUGCAAUGGAACUUUAAAAUGUUUCAAAAACGUUUUUCCUUUUUUUUUGGUUUUUCAUCUUCUUCAUAUUAAUGUGGUCUAGGACCGGUUUGGUAUGCUCUGAGUGCCAAAAACAGUGGCUGCAAUUCAGUUGUUAAGAUCAUAUAAAGUAAAUUAGUGUUUAGUAUAGAGCAAAAAUGCUGCUGCUGACAUCUAUUUCCUCUCAGUUAAAUCAGUUGCAAAAAGGGCAAUAACUGGAUGAAGAGAUCAGAGGGACAAAAAGGCCUCUUGCACUUUGGUUUAUUGGCAGUAAAUCAUAGAUCAGUCAGAUCAGAUGAAAUGUGUAUAUAUCUUUUUCUAUAUCAAAAUCAGCUGUCUUUCAUACAUUAUAUGGGCUAGAGUAUAUGACAUAUAUUAUAUGUUUGCUAUAAGAUGAAAUCCAUUCUGUCAGUGUUAAUAUACAUGACCUUCAGGUUCAAAAACAUUGGGAGCAAACUAUUGCCAGAGCAUGAAAACUUUAUGCAAGUAGUGUAGUUCAGCUGUAGUACUGUAAUACAUCGAUUACACUGUAUUUUAGUUUACAGCAAUUGUAUAACAUUUGCCUUGUAGUGUAAUAGAGUGUAAUUAAAAUGGAACAUAAAUGGGAUCACUGGGAAUUUCAGAUAUGUGACCCAACUGAAAAAGGUUUUUCUUAAACCAACUGAAGCCCCAUGUUCAGAGCAGCAAGAUUGCACUGAUAAAUGUUUUUGUAAGAAUUUUGUUCAGUUUGGAUAAAAUGGAAUUAUUCAGCAAAAAUAAAU